GAUCCCGUGUAGUACUUACUCAUUCUCUCAGAGCUUUGUCAUGAGAAAGGACGAUCACGAAUUAGAAGGCAAAAGCUGCAGAUUUUGCAUCCACUUUAAAUGAACAAGCAAAAGAGGUUGUUCUCACCUCUGGCUUCUUCAUCUCUGGGACACACAAGAAGGGUGCAGUUAUUCUCUGGUUAUUAGUUAUUCCACGAGCACGAAUGAAAAGGAUUGAAACUCAGCUUCGAUUCAAGGGGCGAUUGUCUGGUCAGUAGAGGGGCAUCAUCAUUACGGAACAAUUGAAGCUCCAACGUGAUCACGAUGACCGUCAUCAUCCGUCAUCGUGACCCCUACAUACCCGGAGUAGUCUAGACUUGAACUUAUCGGAGUGACUGGAGUGGUGUGGACUAGGUGCCACAAGUGAACAUUAUGACUCCUGUCAAGCUGUACCGCCGCCUGCUUUCUAGCUUCAUGAAAUUCCUUUGAUUGGACCGGUGGUGUCAAUCAAAAUUCUUUCAUCUCUCGUCUGAUCGAUUGUGGACUCCACACGCUAUUUUCUGCAGCAGGCCUGUUCGGAACCGAUUUCGAGAUUCUGGAGGUCACAGUCGACAAUUAUUACGGCUGCAGGUGUUGAGCCCAAGGUGGAUUUGUGCGAAAUUGGUGAAAUCAUCUGAGAACUUUCGAUGAUCUUCACCGUGAAGACUUGCAGCUCAAGACUUGAGGAAUUUAGCCGCCCAUGUGAGCAAAGUCUGAGCAUCCAUUGGGUAUGUUAGGUCAGUGAGGACAGGAAAGACGAUCUUGAGAAAGGGCUAUGUGCUCCAUAAUUUUAUUGCUGGUUGACGAGAAAUGCUAUGAAGAAGGAUUGGUGUCUGUGAGUCUAUUGCAUGCGUGCUCCGCCUCCACGAGAUUUGGCUGAGCUGCUAGGAGCUCAUGCUAAAAGGGUUUUAUGGUGGGAAUUGGAGAAGAGUUUCUUUGAGUAAAUACUUCAUACCCGAGUUUCUCAACUUCGUAAACAUGGAGAAUGCUUGGAAGUCGGGGAAAUUGAACGCUGGAAGAGGUAUGCCGGCUGUUGCUGGUGUUCCUUCUUCUGGAACAAAGAGCAAUAGCAAUGUCGGGAUGGGGGUACAGGGUACGAGUCCUGCAACAGGCCCAGCACAGAAAAGGGGAUCUUUUGGAGGUGGUGGUGCAAGCAGAAGUCGUCUUCCUGUAAAUAAUGGAGGAUUUGAAUUCCAGUUCGGAACGGUUGACCACUGUUCUCAAGCUGACAGCGAUAUUCCGGGUACACAAGCAUUCGUUUCACCUGAAAACAAGGUUGCAUUCCAAGAUCUUAAUGGUCAGACUAUGGAGCUCAUGAAGGACAUGGCAGAGCAGGUGGACAAAAGUGAUCAGCGAAUGGGCCAGUCCUCUCAGAAAGCAGGACUUGAAAAACCUUAUCCUCCCAUCCGAACGAUGGACCAAGUUGAUCAGCAGGCUGGGCCCUCCUGGCGGAAAGAGGGAUCUGUGUAUGAUAGUUCUACCAACCAAAUCGUGGACGAAAGAAUGACCGCUGCUCAGCCACCUGAAGUCUUUCACCCUCCGGCCCAGAGACAGCCCUGGGUAGCAUCAGUAGACAAGAGCAAUGAGCAGAUCACCUCCAGUUUCGAUGACUUCCCGGCAUUAGGAAGCACAGUGGUGGGGGGUGGUGGAAAACGGACAAAGCCUCGAAACCAAGUUGUAGAGCCAUCCAAGAGUGAAAGAGUGAUCGAGGCAGCCGAAUAUUCAGGGAGAUCAGAGGUACGUGCCUGGGGCUCCGAACGGACCGAGCCAGAAAGAGCUGUGCAGAGCAAUUUCAAGCUAGGCAGCGGACGUGGAGGAGGAAAUUGGCGUGAAAGUGGUGGUGUAGGGAAGGAUCUCAUCAAUUCUCUCGGCCGUACUAUGGCAAAAAUACUGAGACACCAAGCUGUGGAACUGAAACUCGAUAUGAGGAACGAUGGUUACGUCGAUGUAAAGCAGCUGCUCAGUUUAAGCAUGAGAACAGCAUCAGGUCAACCAAUGAGUUCCCACACCGUGGAUGAUGUUCGAGAGGCAGUCAAGCUGGAUUCUAAGCAACGAUUUGGAAUCAAGGAGGAAGCCGGCGUUUUGUUGAUCAGAGCAAAUCAAGGGCAUUCAAUUAAGAGGGUUGAGACAGAGCAACUCUUGAAGCCCAUGCUUACAGCAGAGGAAGUUCCUGCUUGCGUACAUGGCACAUAUAGGAGACAUUUGCCGUCAAUACGCAAGGAGGGCUUGAAACGAAUGAACCGUAAUCAUGUCCACUUUGCAAUGGGGCUUUCACCGGAUGACGGUGUAGUCAGCGGCAUGAGAAGUACUUCCGAAGUUCUUAUUUACCUGGAUGUGAGCAAGGCUCUUAAGGAUGGCAUGAAGCUAUAUGUCUCCGAGAAUGGGGUUGUACUCACAGAAGGUUUUCAAGGUGUCGUCCCCCCUGAGUAUUUCAAAGAUAUUGUUCAAUUACCCUUAAGAAAGAAGUGAUUUUAGUAAUCCAGUUAAAACUUCUGGGGAUGUAUGUACAUAGUGCCAUGUGUACCGGUCUCUCUAAGGCGAUGUGCACCGAGGCCAUUGGUUCUUUAGAAUGCACAGGAGAGGCCCGAUGCAUUGGGAUUCCUUCUGAUGAGGAGUUUAGCGGGUUUCCGCCCGUUCUUUGGUUACCUCUAGGAAUUCGUUUCAGCUCAGUAAUCAAUCCAAAUUCUGUGAGGGCAGAGUAUGUUUCGGCAUCAAGUUUUUAGUAGUCACUUAUGAAUGCUGGAUAUCAAGUAGAGAUAGGGACUUGCAGCUGGGGCUUCAGACCUUCACACUCGCAGUCUCGACCGACCGAUAGAUGCGUAACGGUGAGGACUAGAAAUUCUACAGAGAUGGCUACCUCGUGCUAGUGUCUAAACUAUAGAGUGUUUUUGUGCGGAGUAAGUUCUUAAUAGAAGCUACCUGUUUGCAAAGAAUUAUCAAUCUGAGAGUUGAAGCUUGCUGGAUGCUCAUGUGUCCUUGCACGUGAUGGUACGUGGAUAUCAACAUGUGGGAGGCAAGAGCUGAGGUCUCCUCCUUCCAGCCACCGCCAGUGAGCGAGUGAGUAGGCAGCUAAAUUUGUCCCUACAUGUUAGUCCGUUGGCUCGCUGCUUCGGGUAGUAUGGUUGAGUGCAUGUGUGGUAUUUGAAGGAACUAUAUUCUGUAGCUUCUUAUAUGCUUCCAUCCAGAAGUAGGCAGUUCUUUUCUUCCAAGUUGAACCGUUGUAACUCCAUCGCAUCGGACUAGCUCUAGCGUGGCGAGCCAGAGCCUUCUGGGGUCGUAGAAGCGCGAUCUUUUUGGGGGGUUUGUAUUAUUCGCAGAAACUCGAAUAAAGAACACCACGGAGUUAGAACUGUAUCUUA